AUGCUAACUUUUUUUUUUGAACGAGCUAAAAAAAAACACCGCAAACAAUAGGUAUCGAUAUUUUCAAGCGAAUAGGUUAUAUAUAUUAGGCGAGUUUGGUCAUUGUUUUGUACGUCGUUUAAAACAUUCUGGAAACACGGAAGUUCUGCAGCCAAUGACAGACCACCUGGAGGAUGAUUGACGGGUCUCUGCAUCACUGAUCUUCGGGGAAACUCCCAGCAUCUCACGUUGUAUUGAUUUAAUACAGGUGUUUCGUUCGGCUCCUCCUCCUCCGGGCCGUGGAGGAGCAGUCUUUUCUCUGCCCCCCGGGAUCAGACUGCAGGCAGCUGGGUAGGGGGCAGGGCCACCGAGUCUGGAGCAGCCAGCCAGCCAGUGAGUGUGGAGUGACACACACACACACACACACUCACAUUACCGACACACACUCACUCAGAUCAGCGGCUGUGAUCGCAGCGAGUGGACGCACCUUAGCCCAGCUCCUCCAGAACUUCUCCCGCUCCUCACCUGCGCUCUGAACCCGGAGACCUGGAGCCAGUGUGCGGCCACGGUCAGCAACAUGUCGGAGCUUUCGGUCAACGAACACCUCGAAGGGAUUCUGUCAGAUUUUGAAGCUUUAAAGAGAUCCUUUGAAAUUGAAGACGUGGAUGACAUACCCUCCUCUUCCACCUCGCCCAUCUCCACACCCGUUUCACCCUCGUCCUCCACCUUCUUCCUCCAACACAACAAAGCCUUCGAGGGACACGGGGGAGAUGGUCAGGCGCCGUCGUUGGCCUUCAACAACAACAACAACGGCGUGAGCUCCGCAGCCCACCACUCGUGCAUCAAUCUGGGUUCCAGUCCCAGCCCGGUGCUCAAGUCCCGUGCGGUGGUCAGCAGCCUUUCUUUCAACAGAGGAACUAUGAACAAACCAGGUGUCCACCACAACGGCUCCUCUGUGACCAGAGCGUUGUCCUUCCAGAGCCGGGUCAAUCCCAGCAGUUACUACCUUUUGUCCGGACCCAACAGCGACAACGAGAGUCUUCACAGCUCCACGUCCAGCCUGGAGUACUCUGGGAAUACCGGUGGUGCCCCGCCUCUGAACAGAUUUGGGUCAUAUCCCAGUCCUCCGCCUCAGAGGGAGUAUCAAGCUCCCGUCCAACUCCCUCCGCAGCAGCUGGGAGGAGAUGCCAACUUAAUAAUUAACCACAGCCUGAAGAAGUUCUCCUCCCACGGGAGUGUUUUCCACAACGAGAUGAACCAAAGGUCAGGGGUGAUGAUGGACGCCGAACGGCCUCGGGGACUAAACCACGGCUCCAUGCCCAGUCUGGACCUCCAGAACCGCGAUGGACGAGGGAUCGUGGGUGUGCAGAGAGGUGAAGGCAGGGGAUCUCCAGGUUUGAGGUACGCUAAUGCUAACGCCUAUUGGAAUGGCGGUCUUAACAAUCACAAUUCCUUUGGGAUGGAACAAGGCCACCAGCAGCAAGGCCUCAAGGUCCUCAAGGCCCCGCAGCCAAAGGUCAAAGAAACGCUGCGUCUCAACAAGUUCCCUUUGGACCUGGAGAGUCUGGUUAGCAGCACUGGAGCCGAGUCUCCAGCCAUGGGUCACGGAGGGUCAGCGAAGCCCAACCCCCCUGUUCCUUACCCAAGGAGCACGGGGGUGGGGCAGCACAUAAACAGCCCACCGCCCACCCUGAUCAGCCCGUCUGCCUCCCUCAGCAGCCUGGACGGUCAGACUUCUGACACCCAGACCCUGAUUCUCCACAAUCCCACUUUCCCGUCUUCCCCUUCUUCUUUGAGCUCCACUCCAGUUCCAUUGCUGGACGGUUCUCCGGUCCAUCUCCCUCUCUCCAGAAGCCCUCAGAUGGGGGUCCUCGCAGGACCCCAAAUUGCCCAGGCGGUCCCCGGUGUGCCGAGACUGCUCGGCCCUUCCAGUCCCCCGGUGGUGCAGCGUGGUGCAGGUGAUGCAGGAGACAGCGUGGGCUCCAUCUUGGAGAGGAUCGCCUCAUUCUCCAGACCGGUUCUAACCGACGGCACCGAUGCUGUGGCUGUGAUCCAGUCUUCUCCGGUUCAGAACCACUGUCGGUCUGCAGCAGGUGGAGGUUCUGCUCUCGGCUCCAGGAACCAGCUGAAGAUGAAUCACAAAGAACCUUGUGGAGAGCUGGAGUCAGAGCUGCUCGCACCGAUGGAGGAAGCGGAGGAGAAGGACAGGGGCAUGAUGGGAGUGGAGCGAGGAGGCGAGGUCCAGUGUGACGGUGACAGGCAGCCGGACAGCAAGAAUGUCCAGAACUGCGUGUUGGGGAAAGAGGAGAACGGCGUGGACAUCUGUCUGUCAGUGAAGGAGAAGGGGAUGGAGGAAGAGGAGGAGGUGAAGAAGGAGCUGGAGGUGCAGAUGGAGCUGGAGGUGCAGAUGGAGCUGGAGGCAGACGCCUGUCAGCGGUUUCCUGCUCAGCAGGUUGGCUUCAUCCGGGGAAACGACCUGUUUGGAUACGUGGGCAUCGAAGCCGUGCUGGACCAGAUGAGACGCAAGACGAUGAAGUCUGCGUUUGAGUUCAACAUCAUGGUGGUCGGUCAGUCUGGUCUGGGGAAGUCCACUCUGGUCAACACUCUGUUCAAGUCCAAAGUCAGCCGCAAGUCCUGUCUGCCCAGCCACACGGAGGAGAUCUCCAAGACGGUCAAACUGCACUCCAUCAGCCACGUCAUCGAGGAGAAGGGAGUGAAGAUGAAGCUGACGGUGGUCGACACCCCGGGCUUCGGCGACCAGAUCAACAAUGACAACUGCUGGGAGCCAAUAGUGACGUACGUCAAGGACCAGUACGAGAAGUACCUGAGGGAGGAGCUGCACGUGAACCGCAAGAGGAGGAUACCAGACACCAGAGUCCACUGCUGCAUCUACUUCCUGCCUGCCACUGGUCACAGGUUACGUCCCAUCGACGUGGAGUUCAUGAAGAGGUUGGGGAAGAUCGUGAGCAUCGUGCCUGUCAUCGCCAAGGCUGACACACUCACCAUAGAAGAGAGACAGGAGUUUAAAGAGAGGAUAAGGCAGGACCUGGCAGCCAAUGGGAUUCAGGUUUACCCUCAGAAAGAGUACGACGAGGAUCCGGAGGAGCACGUCAUCAACGACAGAAUCAGAGAGAGUAUUCCCUUCGCCGUGGUGGGAACUGAUAAGGAACAUCACGUGAACGGGAACAAAGUGCUGGGCCGAAAAACCAAGUGGGGAAUCAUCGAAGUUGAAAACGUGGCUCACUGUGAGUUCUCCAACCUGAGGGAUCUCCUCAUCAGGACUCACCUGCAGGACCUGAAAGACGUCACACACAACAUCCACUACGAGACGUACCGCGUACGACGGCUCAACGAGAGCAACAUCACCUUCAGUGAGCUGGGACUGUUGACCCGGCCGCUGGAGAACGGAACUGCCGACAAAUGA